UAUUUAUUUUAUACCACAGAGCUCUCGCUGUAUCCUCUCUCUCUCUCUCUCUCCAUCCAAAAAUGGCGGCCAAUUUUUGGACCUCCUCGCACUGUAAGCAGCUUCUCGACCCCGACGAGGUCGACGUGGUCCACCCACUAGACAGAGAGCGGGGUAUCACGCAGGAGGAGUUCCGCCUCGUCAAGAUCCACAUGUCCUUCUAUAUCUGGAAAUUGGCACAACAAGUCAAAGUGAGGCAAAGAGUUAUAGCUACGGCAACUACUUAUUUCAGACGCGUGUAUACGAGAAAGAGCAUGACGGAAUAUGAUCCACGUUUAGUCACCCCAACUUGUUUGUACUUAGCGUCGAAAGCAGAGGAGAGCACAGUACAAGCUAGACUUCUUGUGUUUUAUAUUAAAAAAAUGUGGCCUGAUGAAAGGUAUCGUUUUGAAAUCAAGGACAUUCUUGAAAUGGAAAUGAAACUCUUAGAAGCCCUUGACUAUUAUUUGGUUGUUUAUCAUCCUUAUCGUCCUCUACUUCAGUUAUUGCAGGAUGCUAACAUAACAGAUUUGACUCAAUGUGCCUGGGGCCUGGUAAAUGACACCUACAAAAUGGAUCUUAUUCUCAUAUACCCUCCAUAUAUGAUUGCAUUAGCUUGCAUCUACAUUGCAAGUGUUCUCAAGGACAAAGACACAACUGCAUGGUUUGAGGAGCUCCGUGCCGACAUGAAUGUUGUGAAGAACAUCUCAAUCGAAAUAUUGGACUUCUACGACACUUAUAAGAUUGAUCCGCAGAAGGGUCUCCUGGAUGAGAAGAUUAAUCCAAUAAUGAACAAGUUGCCGUCGAAAGCAUGAAUUAGUACGAAGCCAAUGUUCGAGUACUAAAUCGUUUGAGGGCGUCUCAUUGUAGUGGACUUUUACGGCGCAUUAACUGUUCAGCAGCGGAAGCACAAAUCAGUAUGUUGCCCUCCAUUUUAGCAAUUGAAAUGUCUCAUUGGUACCUUAACAUGCAUGGCUGUAUAGUAAUUAUUGCAAUGGAUACCACUGGGCAUACUAUACCACCUAAUUUCUAAGUUCUCUUUAUUUCAGUGUCAUGUAAUAUAUUUGUUCAAAAUAGUUAAUUAUUGCUAUGAUCACCAUGGUAAUUUAUCUGGCUAUUUGAGGUGGUACAUAUCAUAUCCUUAUGCCUGAUCAAUCAACUUGUUUUCCAUUCC